CUCGGUUUUCUUUUAGCCAUCCUAUAUGCAGAAGGAACAACAGCUCUUCCUGACGUUGGUAAAUGUACAUUUAUGGAAUAUUUCUGUGAUGCCACGAAAUGCCAAACGGUGUUUGUUAAAAGACUCCAGAAAGACCCUAAUGGAGAUUGCAGGUACAGAACAGUUGUUCGAAACGCGAAAAAGUUGUCCGUAAUUGAAGCUGGCCGCUUACGGGAAUGUAAAAAUACAGAGUUCGUAUGGGAGUUGAGAAAAACGGGUGUUGCGAAGGCGACCAUUAAAAGAGCUGUCCACCUACUCGAGUGUGCCGAGGAGAACUUCCACUGCGCAUGUGCACUUCUUGCGGUCCAGCUUUUCUUAACCUAUCCCCUCACUGUGUUCCUUGACACGCCCUAAUUCCUGUCUUCAAGGCAACUUUUUUUCUCUGAGCUUUUGAGGAAGUGGAAUUACAUUUCAAGGACGAAAUUCGAGAGAACAACCAACAGCAAGCAGUCUGCUUUACUGUAAGAGAUCAAAGUCCCGGUCUUUUGCAAAGAUACCUAAACUACUGUUUCUUAUUUGUUUACCCAACUUCCUCUUCGGUGCUUUCCUACGCACAUGCAUGUCGACAUACAUGCAACUACAGCUAGGUUAAGUGGGUUCACGUUGAAUUUCAGUUAUACAUGAGAGACUGAUCUCUGUAACAAUAGCAAGGGGUAUUGAGGUUCCUAGUUGUGUUCAAAGGCAUUGUGGGAUGGGAUAGUUUUGGAUACUGUAGGUGACCAAAACACAUAUACCGGUCCAAUGUAAAGUAGACGACAAGUACAAAGUUAACGGACGAUGAAAUGCAGAGCCGGCGCUCAUAACAUAUAAAUGUCUCCCGUUAAUUCUGGACAAGAUGAUGCAUUAAUUUUCCAUUUUUCUUCCGUAGUGCCAAGUUCGAGAGAUUAAUUGCUUGUUUAACAAAGACUGGGCAUAUUUGUGCUGGACAUUAUUUGUCUCAAAGUCGCAUCGAAAGCCUUGCACGCAAGCAUUUCAAAGAAAAUGUCAUGUGUUUAAAAGGUGGAUAUGAGGUUCCAGCCAUUCCUUCGGUGGGCUCACCAUGUAGAAGCUCGUUUAGCACUGGUGCAACCAAUUGUUUGAGAACCUUCCAUCAUAAAUUCGCUGCAAACAGGUCGGAUCCAGGUCUUUGCUCGUAAGUUGAAUCUUUAAAGAAAUAAUUCAAAGUCUUCCCAGUUAGCUCCGUGCCAAGGACAAUCCACUAUACUUAACUCCUAUAUUAUCUAUGACCCUACAUGGUGUGGUGGCAGUCAGCAGUGGCCAUGGUUUGCAAACAGAUUAAAAGUUUGCCUAUGCUUAAAGUCAUAAUGAUCCAUUUUUCCCCCGACCUUCAGUCUUCUCUCAUUUCCCCACUCAGCAAUGUUCCCCGGCCUUUUCUUUCGGAAUUCCAGGGACGAGCUUGUCAAGUCUCGCCAGUUUCAACUUGCAGUAGAUCGAUAGGGAAAAGUCACUGGACGAAAAAUGGAUUUGGAGAAAUGUACUCCUUGGAAAUAGGGGCAAAAAACAGGGGGUGUAAAUAACUAGGCAAAUGAGAUAUUUACCAUUUUUGCCUCAGAUUUACUCAUCUGUUUUUAAAACCUUGCUACACAUCUGCCAAAAGCAAAUUUGUGUAAAAUCCUUUUUUUCGUCCAGUGAGUGAUGCCGAGCCAUUAAGGGUUAAAGAAUUAAAUUAGGACAUAUGAGGAUAUGAGGAAAGAUUGCGCAAAUUCGAUUGAAUCCCUCUGCCUCCUCAAUUUCUCUCCUCCACCUGAGCAGCCCCUUUCUCCUUUUCGCCACUUCAGUCCGCCCUUACCAUCAAAAAAUCCUGACACAUUGGUCUCUUUUCAUUUCGACAGGGAAAAUGCCAAAGCAAAGAAGUGCCUGAAGAACCUGUUACGAUCGCAAUGUACCUUUUCAUCUUCUGACCAGGAAUUAAUAGAUUUGGGCUUCAACGACUACAAUCCUUUCUGCAAAAAUAAUCGAGAUCCUGAAGCAACAGGAAAUGACCAAUGUUUUGGUGUGAAGGACCUCGGCAAUCCCCUGAAUAACAGUGCUGAAACCGCUGGAAUGAGGCCGCAGGCUCUAUUGGUCCCUUUUCUCUUACUGUUUUUCUUUGUUUAG